AUGAUACACAUGUACAUGGGCUGGGGCAAGUGCCAUUUAUGGUGGCAAAUAAAGUGGGGAGCUGUAUAUACUGUUGACAUGGGUAGAUCUAAUAGGGGUUCAUCUAGGCGCACGCCCAUUGUGUACAAGUCGGCGCCACUUGUUGCUAGUGCCCGAAGGGAGUCGAGUGGUUUCCUUGCUAACGUUUAUGGCGGCCUGACCUCCGGCCUCGGAUUUGGCAUGGCACAGAGACUGGUUGAAGGAAUUUUUGGUCCAAGACAAAUUGAGACCAUUCAUCAAGAUACCACUGUUGCUAGCAGAAAUGGUGAUAAAUGUGAAUUCUAUGCUAAUGAACUACAACAGUGCACUCUUAACAAUCGAGAUAUUUCACUCUGCCAGCCGCUUGUGGAGUCUUUGAGGAUGUGUCGAAAUAACCAGACAUUGUAG